GAAGCUGUGCAGGCGAAAUGUAGAUUUACAAAGAAGAAAAUGCCUGUUGACACGUUCUUUUGGAUUAAUAUGGUUAACACCUCUACAACCUAGAUCCUGUGGCCUGACAUUCUGGGGAGAGAGAUCCAAUAUGUUUGCUGAGCACAGAAACCUGAGGCGGACACUGAUGCUUCUGUUUUUUGGAGGUGUUCUUUGCAACAUGCCCAUAGUGGAGUAUCACCAGCAAGAGAUCUGUGCAGUGAGAGGCUCGUCUGUUGUCAUUCUUUGUUCAUUUUAUCAUCCCUACAUCGAGACAAAACACACGUUUUCAUGGAUUCACAUAAAACCAAAUCUUACGAUUGGUCGUAUAAUUUUUAACAGUAGUUGGAGAAAAGGCUUUAGACAUUUUCAGUAUAUCGGAGAUAAUCACAACAACUGUUCUUUAAAAAUAAACCAAGUGAAGAAUACUGAUGAAGGAAAAUAUAGGUUCAUGUGUAACAACUCCAAACGUGUUACAUCUGUUGGCCCAAAUCUGAGGGUUGGUGAUCUACGCAUUUUGGUUUUCAACCCAAAUGGGGAUGAAGCAGUGAAGGAAGGAGACUCUGUGAAUCUAACUUGCGUCAACAGCUGUGGUUACACUUCAUCAGUGUUCACGUGGUUUAAGAAUGGAAAAACCAUAAAUGAAGGUCAAGUGCUUCACCUAAGAAGCCUGUCUUCUGAAAACUCUGGAAACUACACUUGUUCUUUAAAAACACACAAAGCAACAUCUGGAGUCACACAUGGCCCGAAGAACACGUCUGUGUCUGUGAAGGUGAGCGGCAGCAACCUCACCCUGGUCUGCAGCGGUGACGCCAACCCCGCGGUGGAGAAUUACAGCUGGUAUAGAACAGCUGAUGAUCGUAACAUGAAGGUUGGACACCAGCCUGUGUUGCUUCCUGGUGGCAGUGGCCAGUAUUCCUGCAGCGUCGCCAACAAACAUGGAAGUCAAAAUUCCUCUGUUGUCACUUUGAAAAUGAAAGACACAACAACAUUUACAGGACAAAUGAUUAUUAUUGCUGUUGUUGCUGGGCUUCUGAUUGUGUCCAGUGUUAUCGCUGUUAAGAGGCUCAGGAAAAAGCAGAUCCAGGGACAUAACACACAGUGGGAAGCGGCAGAACAGAAUACACACACUGUGAGUGGGCAGAGAUGGGACUGCCACCGAUCGCCAGAAGACAGGCUGUGUGAGGACGUGACAACAGAGGUCAUCUAUGCAACUAUUAGUGUUAGCAAGAACUCCAAGUCAAAAGGUGAGCAGCAGAACUGCAAAAAUGAAGAUGUGAUCUACAGCACAGUGGGCAGGGUGCAGCAGAUGGACUCCAAUGAUGAUGUAGCUGUGAUUUACAGCACAGUGUGCAGGUCCCAGAACUAAGCCUUUAAUAAACCGAGCCUUGAAGACAUCAGUCAACAUCUUUCCGACUGUUAGUUGUGAAGACAUUUGAUGUGUGGGAUUAUUCCAUUGAAUAUUUAAGAUUUACAACAGAGACAGCUCUAAUUUCAAAGUUGAUAUCCAAAAUAUCAAGAAUAUUUAAGUUAUUCAAAGACAACCUGUUUCUUCCUUUCUCAGGGAUUUGUAAAUGUUUGCCCUUGUUGUCCCUAUGUUUAGCUCAUGGAUGUUUUAUUUUUGGCACUUUGAAUACUUAUUUUCUCUAUAUAGUCAUUAUUCUAUGAUAGCUACAGUAUUAAUAUUCCCUACCAUGUCAAAGAUAACCAGGACAAGUUUAUUGCAUUUUCGUAAUAACUGCUUUUCACGAAAGGAUUUUGUGUUCUUAUUGACAAAAGCUCAAAACAGCUUCUAGCAGCCAUUUUCCCCCAUGUGGCUCAUUAAAAAGACACACUUUGGAUCAAAUUAGGAGGCCAGGACAUUAUAACUCUCUUUUUUGCAUGAUGAAAACAUUUUAAAAUUUCAUGUGACAAACUCUUGAAUUAUGAGUCCAGGUAUUGUUACCAUGGCAACAUACCUAGGCGGAGUUAUCUCUCUGAAAGGCCCCAGAAGUUUGCUUUAAAUCAUAGGAUGUGACUGAAAUCCCUCUGUGGCGUGAGCUUGAUGAAAUCCUGGCCCACUCUGCCCUCUGCUGCAAACCUCAGAGCAAAGCAGCAGCACUGAGCGUUGCAACAUGUCGAAACCAUGAACUCUUUACAGUUGUGAGUGGAUGUCAUGUGAAAGCUGUGGAGAGGUUCAGGUUGUAAGGGGAUAAAGGUCAGCCUGCAUAUGCUGUGCAUAGCACACUGUGUAACAAUAAACACCUGCGAAGUGAACAGGUUUACCCUCCCCUGAGGGUUAACAGAGGCAGGGUGGCGUGGAUCUUGUUUUAUGACGCAUAUAUUCUGAAAACAUAUCAGCACUUUCUAUUUCCCUGCAAAUUGCCUUUACAGUAGCUGUGCCACACCCUGUUUGAGAACCAGUUGAUCAGUAUUUUAAUUAACGUCACGCAGCUGUCACAGAGUUCAUCUUCAUACAGUUUUGAAGUGUCAACAAAACUUGAUUUUACCAUAGCAAGAGUUACUUAAACUAUUUUCAUGAGAUAGUCAAUAUUAAUUUCAUGGUCACCUCCCCCAAAGUAAACAUUUUCCCUUCUCUUUAUGUAAGGGCUCUCUUUUUUCCAGCUCACUUUAUUAGAGGAAUUUCCCUGCCACACCUUUGAUUAUCAAAGGGGAACAGUUGUAGCACAGGGAUCUUUUUAUUUUAUUUUGCUUUUAACCCCCGAAAAGCAGCUUGCCUUUCAGGGGACAAAAUACGUAUUAGUUCAGAUUAUAGUUAAAUAACAGUUGGGCCAAGACCUAUGUCUCACCAUUUCCAUGCUAAACUGAAUGCCAGUGGAAACACCAUUUUAUUUCUCAAUCAGACCUAUCAAAUGUCACAUUUUUUGUGGAAAUGUGAGACAUAUUAAUCAGUUUGUGAGCAUUUUAAUUGUGCUUUAUGUUUGUAAAAUGUGAUAUAAGCUUUGUACUUAAAAUAAAACUGCAACAUUAAAAGAUCUGAAGAGAUGACAUUAAUUCUGCUGUUACUUAAAAACACCUCUGAUAAUGUUCAUGUCUUUAUUGUUACAUUGAU